UCUCCUGCAGUGCAUUUUCGUUGCUAGGCAAGAAAGCUGCGACACGCGCCUUCGCAACCAGAAGGUUCUGUUUUCAUUCGGUUUCUCAUCACAGCGUUUAUUAUUGUUUUGUGUUUUCCUCAUAUUCGAACUGCGGAACCCACGUUUUAAGCAAAACCGGUUUGUGUUUUUGUUCAUUUUUUUUUCUUUCACGACCAGUGUUGCCCUUACACUGCGUGUCAGCCCAGAGGCUUCUCAACAUUUAGCGUGCAGAGUGCUGUGAAAGGUCCCAGCGCAGAGUUAACUACUGAGCGCAGCAACAGCAGCAGCACAGGGCGGUGUUCAUGCCAGAUCUGCAGCGUGCGAGCUUUCCGUGCCGCAGCAUGAAUCCGUGGCUGGGAGAGCAGGGUGAAGCCGGAGCUCCGGACUCCCCCUCGGCUCUGCUUCCCGACUCUUCUUUCCUCCUUCUGGCCGAGCCGCACCUCCCAGCUCAGGACGGCGGGGCUGAUCUGCCGGCUCUGUCGCCCGUGAGCGGCUCUCGCCACCGGGCCCUUCAUCCCCAUCCUCACCCCCCUGCCGCCGCGGCGCUGCGCAACGACCUAGGCUCCAACAUCAGCGUGCUGAAGACGCUUAACCUGCGCUUCCGCUGCUUCCUGGCCAAAGUCCAUGAGCUGGAGAGGCGCAACAAGAUCCUGGAGAAGCAGCUGCAGCAGGCGCUGGAGAGCAACGCGGGCGAAGAGGGGCCGCGGGCGCAGAGCAAAGAGAGCGCGGUGCAGACCGGUUUCGUGGGGCCCAUCCCCGUCCGGCCCUCGUCCCUGCCCUUCCAAAACGCCAACAGCUCCUCCACAAGGAGACCCACCGUUUUGUUCACACCUCCUCUGGCCGCUGCGCUCCAGGCUCGGAGUGCGAAUCCGUCCAUAACGCUCAUCGCAUCGACGCCUACCGAGCCCGCUGCGGCCAACACGAACAAUUCCAACAAUGCGCCCAAUGUGAACAGCGCAGCCCCCAACCCUCCUCCCCGCUUCCUCCCCGGCACCAUCUGGUCCUACAGUCCCAGCCGGAGAUGGGGCGCAGGCACAGAAAGGGUCACCAGCCCUGGGGUGUCGUGGGUGCACCCAGACGGUGUGGGCGUGCAGAUAGACACAAUCACCCCCGAGAUUCGGGCACUGUACAACGUGCUGGCCAAAGUAAAGAGGGAGAGGGACGAGUACAAGCGCAGAUGGGAGGAGGAAUACACAAUGAGAGUGGAACUCCAACAGAAGGUCAAAGACCUACAAGAGGACCUGCAGGAGAGUGAGGUGUGUCAGGAUGAGCUGGCCCUCAGAGUGCAGCAGCUUAAGGCUGAGUUAGUCUUGUUCAAGGGUCUAAUGAGCAAUGACUUGUCUGACUUGGACAGUAAGAUCCAGGAGAAAGCGAUGAAGGUGGAUAUGGAUAUCUGCAGACGUAUCGAUAUCACAGCUCGUCUCUGUGAUCUGGCACAACAGAGGAACUGCGAGGACCCCAUCAAAAUCUUCAAGGUACCGAGCCCUCAAUCAUCCAUCAACAAUCGGUCACGGAAGCAGACAGCUCAGCCUGCCAAUGGCAGUGAGACGGAUGAGCCAACCAGCACCUCAGAAAGUGAUGGAGGUGGAACAAAAGAGGAGGAUGUGGGCACAACCUCGGCCAAUCAGAUUAAUGAAGAGAUGCAGAGGAUGCUAUCCCAACUCCGUGAGUGUGAGUUUGAGGAUGACUGUGAUUCUUUGGCCUGGGAGGAAACUGAGGAGACCCUGCUGCUAUGGGAAGAUUUCCCCGGGUGCACUCUGACCACAGACACUAAUCACAGUGAGCAGGAGGAGUGUCUUGAGAAGGUGAUUAAAGAUACAGAGUGCCUGUUUAAGUCCAGGGAGAAGGAGUAUCAGGAGACCAUUGGCCAGAUUGAGCUGGAGCUGGCUACAGCAAAGUCUGACAUGAACAGGCACCUGCAUGAGUACAUGGAGAUGUGCAGUAUGAAGAGAGGACUGGAUGUUCAGAUGGAGACCUGCAGAAGACUCAUCACCCAAAGCGGAGAGAGUAAAUCCCAAUCUCCUAGCCCUGGUGGAGGACUGGAAGGGAGUGAUGAGUCAGAAAGAGAGAAGACUGGAGAGGGAGGAAGAUAAUAACAAACAACAUAAUGAAGAAAAGAAAAAAACAUUGUUAACCUCUUCUCAUCUCUCUUUUAACCCUAAGCCAUAUUUAGUGCACAGGUGCUGGUGCAACACUGCUGAAGUCAUACUUUCCUGAAUGUUAGAGGCAUGGACAGACUGUUUGGGUCUUUCAUACCACUAAAUAUUUCCCAGAGUGUUGGGGGGGGGUCUAGUGGAGCUUUAGUCACAUGAAUAGGCUUUGUGAUGACUGACUCUGACAAUGACUGCCCCCUAGUGGUGGUAAUUGCGAUUGAUUGAUGUUGUAUGGGUGUAGUGACAGAGCUGAUUUUUUCCAUACCGAUUUUCAUUCUUUAGAACUAUACUUUUGCACACAGUUAACAUUUGCUUUACAUUUAAAUAAGUAACUUUUUGAUUUCAGGUAAAGGAAUUUUUUUUGUUAUAAGAUUUGAGAGAAUGGCUAUUUGCUCUCCUUACAAGUGAGUGGUAGCCUUGGUUAUUUGACAUAAUGGGCAAUGCACUCAAAAUACUGAAUAUUUGAGUCUAGCACACAUCCAUACCAUUAGAGUGUCUUUUCUGCUAGCCUUUGUGUGGUGUGGCAUUUUGAAGAUGUGACCACUGUUAGUCUUUGUUUUUCCGAUUCCAUGAUAAGGUUCCUCUUCUUCAUUUUUUUUAACUUGAAACCUUGGGUGUGAAACAUUCAUGAGAAUGUAUUUUUCUCUUCUGUUUCUGAGGAAAUAUGAUUUAAUUUUUUGUAUUGUAUUGUGGGUGGUAUAGAAUCCUUAAUAAUAGUGCUGUAUGUUCUCGCUGUAAUCUUUUACAUAGUAUGAAUAUAAAUGCUUGCUGUGAAGGGCAUAGCUUGUGGUCAGAGGAUUGGUUAAGCUUUUAAUGCUGUUCUGUGAUCAGUUUCACAGUGUUUCUUGCUAAAGGGCAACUGGACAGCUGUUUUACAUACUUGCUCUGGUCUUCCUCCAUUGCAGACAAUGAUAUAUGAAAACAAUAUAUAAAAAGAUGUUUGCAUUGUCUGCUGUUAUAGUUUUCAUGAAAAAAGUUGCAGAUUAGCAAAGUCAAGAUCUUGUUUCUUACUUCCAUAAUGCUUUGCAUGAUUAUUCAAGCAUUUUCAACAUUAGCAAGGUGUAUUGUACCUCAUUAGUCCACCAACUACUAUGGUCAUGCCUUUCAAGAAAACCAGAAAAGUAAUUGAAAGGCCACGCUGUCGAAUUUGGUUUUGUGCUGCCCUUUUACAGUGAUGUUGAACCAGUGAUAUGAAUUGGUAAAAAGGAGGGAAAAGAGGGCUCAGCAAAGUGUAAAUGCUAAAACUUUUAAACUAUCGCCACAUCCGCACUUAAAUGUUAGCAGAGGAGAUAUUACACAGAGACGGCCACUUUAAGCUAUUCUACUGCAUAUAUGAUGCCUGAUAUCUGAGAUGAUGUAUUAUAUAGUGUGAAAGGAAAUGAACUCCUACACCAUCUCUGCGUGUGUGUUUUUGUACUCAUUGGUUAGACGUCCGGUUUUCUGUCGCAGUAGUAAAUGCGGAGGUAGUCUCACAGAGUCAGGCGUUUGACUAAACCAUUUCUGACAGACUGUGAUAGAUUUUGCAGCAGAUUUGACUAAAAUACAGAAAGACUCACUGAUUUGAGCAACUGACAUGGCUUCAAGCCACUGUCGGUUCACACAAACGCUAUUGGUGGCUAGCAAAGUGGAAGCCAUUGCUUGGACAAGUGUUUGGCAACUUCAGCCACCAAAAAGCAGAAUACAGAAAUAGCAGAAACGGACCAAUCAGUUAGCGGGUUGGUCAAGGCUCACUUUUUCCAUCUCACAUGCGGACGUCAGGGGUGCUAUAAAUACACUUGGCUUCUGUGGUGCUCACAAGUGCAGUGAAUACACGAAUAGUUUGACCAUAGGUUGAUAAAGGGUAGCUAGAUGAACGUACACAUGAAUAAGAAAAGUGAGAUACACGCAGGCAUCAAAGAGGAGAAAUAACAUUGUCACAUGUCCUAAAGUGGCUGGAAUAAUAGAAACUUCUACAGUGCCAAAUGUGAACUGAGCUUUCAGGGAAUUGACUCGGAGCAGCAGAGAGCAUCAGGAGCUGAUGCUUCCAUACAUGGUGCUGAAUGCCCAGCUUGUAAAUAUUUGCUGUGCUUUGAAAUUCAAAGAGUCAAAUGCUACUAUAACUGUAUGUAAGCUGUAUGUAUGUGAGUAUCCUGCAAUAAGAAAAGAAAAUUGAGAAUGGCUAUUUAUGUAACAUAUUGUACAGUGCAGUCUGUUUAAAGCCUAUUCAGAUUUGCUUUGUCCCCAAAACCAUCAUGUUUUUUCCAGUUUCAGAUCCUCUUCUGCUUCUGUUUUUCAUUCUGAUUCUUCUAGUUUUAAAUCAGCAGUCUCCUCCAAAGUCAGAGCCACUUAAUUUGGUCUUAAUUAGUUUUGAAAUCUUGUGUUUUGUACAGGUUGUGUAAAGACAUCCUACUCUGAGUAAUAGUUUCCUUUAUUACUAUCUUCCAUUUGUGUAGGUUAGCACAAAACAGCCUUCUUUCUAGUCCAGAAGUGUUUCUUUUAAAUUACACGAAAAAUGAGAAAAACAUUUAAAACUUAAUCACUCAAAUGACAAGAAACGUAGGGCUCUCCUUUUGCUUGAAAUCCCCCUUUUUGAUUUGAUUCUUUUAUUCACUUGGAAUGUGUUUUCUGAUUUGUUAUAUUGACCAGGAAUUUACUUGUUGUUUAUUCAAAUAGAAAUAGAAAAUAAUGCUUAGAUUAUUUUAUGUCUUUAGUCAAAACACUGUACAGAAACUUCUGUUUUCUGGCAUGAAUUGUCGCAAUAGUGUGCAAUACUAUUUGUACAGCACUUGAACCAGCUUUACAAAUUUCUGUUUUUCUUUCUCAGAUAUUAAUUCAGACUGCAUUGGGAAUACCUCAAAUUUGAAGCCACUGAAACAAUAAGUACAUUUCUUGUAUAAAAACCUUAUAUGAAAAAAAGACAAACAAAAGGCAAGGAGAAAAGAGAAUGCUUAUCCAAAAAGCUGGUAUGACUGCUAUGAUAUUGUAACCUAAAGGCAAUCAGUAAGGAUCUUUACUAUAUAAUCACUGGCUAUGCAAAGUCCACUAUCCCUGCCAGAAGAGUUUUCCCUCAUGCUUUCACGCAUAUUUAAAUACAUUCUUGUACCAGUCAGUACAAAACACAAAUAUGGUCUUUUGCGCUAUUGUUCAUGUGGCCCACAUACCCUGAAUGAUGGCCUGGAACAGGUGAUUGCCAAAAAAUUGAACUAGAUCUAGUUAGUUAAACUACUAGUUGAGUAGCUGUUAUGGUGGUUUAUGAUACUGCUUGGUAUAUAAAGUAUUGCAUUGCUGUUUAGCCAGAAUGCUUCAGUAGGAUCAAAAAAUGUAUAUAUGAGUUCUAACAGCUGCAUCUGGCCUGCUAGUGGGCUAUCACUCCAUGUGGUAUGUGGGCCACAAACAAAUGCUCUGGCCAAGGCUCAGGCCAUAUGAACAUUUCUGUCUGCCUCAAUAUGUACAUUAUGAACAUUAGCAGCACUUUACUUGAACCCUUCUAUGUAACAUUGUAAUGCCAGAUGUCAUAUGAGUUGUCAUGACAGAUUUUAUUCAAUAAUAUAAUAGUGUUAUGUUACCAUUACUGGUCAAAGUAAAAAUUAGCUUGUGACGAGAUGUCAUGACUGUUGGUUACAUGACACUGAUUUAUUACUGAACACAAAUUGUCAUGGCAAAAAGACAGCAUGUGACACCUGCCAUGACUUAUUUAUGGCAAGAUUGUUAGUUUUACGUAACAGUGUUCAAGUACAGUGUUACAGAAACAUUUGUGGCAUUGGAUUUCAAAAUACUUUAAGGAAUUUCUUUAAAUCAAGCACCUUAUAUGUAUGUCUCUUAUUCUGUGGCAUCCGUUAGCUGUGACCUCCAAAGGCUACAAAGAUCGGAAUCCAGAUUUGUACCAUUUGGCUGUAAGGCAUGGAUUAAUUGGAUAGUAAUUAUUUCUGAAUUCUGAAAGGAAGGCAAAGAACAGAGAAGCUAAUCAAACCACACAGGGAUGUUUUACUUGAUUUAAAGAAAUCUUUUGACAGGGUGGCUGGGCUCAUACUAAAGGCAUUACAAGAAUUGCAUUGCCUGCUUUAAUGAGUGCUGAAAGAUGGGAUCCUUAAAAAGACUUGAAAAAUAAAAGACAAUGCUGAACAAACACA